AUGAUUUCCACAAAAUCCCAGUCUCAGACAGCUACACUAUCGCAUGGUGGCAUAACAGUACUUAAGGAGAAAGUGCCCGCUCUGCCUUCACAUUACAAGGACUGGCCUAAUACUCAAGGGUUCGAUGCACACUAUGAAGAAAGGAGUCCUGUUGAACUGGAAGUUGAAGGUAAUAUUCCCGCUUACACGGCUGGAGUUCUUUUCCGGACAGGACUAGGGCCAAGGACGGUGGAAACAUCCAAAGACAAAACAUUCAAAGUCAACCACUGGUUCGACAACUUCGCUCAGGUUCAUCGAUUCCAGAUCCAUGAAUCCACACCAGGGUCACCUGUUCGAGUAACAUAUAACUCGCGGCUUACCAGUGAUGGCCUAAUCGAGAAAAUUCGAAAGACGGGCAAGCUCGAUGGGUUCACCUUUGCGGCCAAGUAUGACCCCUGUAGAACAUUCUUUCAAAAAGUUCAGUCUGUGUUUCAACCAGCGUCAAGAGAGUCACUGGCACCAAACGAAGCAAGUGUUGCCGUUACACUGUCAGCCAAUUUUCCUGGAGUUUCUUCUCAGGGCAAGAAGUUUGAAGGAUCCCAUCCCUCCAACAAGGUUGCUACCUUAUGCAACAAAACUGACGCCAAUGUCCUUCAGAUGCUCGACCCUGAGACACUUGAACCACUUGGCCUGGCAACCCAAACCGUGCUGCAUCCAGACCUCAAAGGCACCAGUAGCGGGGCACAUGCGAAGUCAGAUCCCGAGACCGGUGAUGUCUUCAACUACAACCUCGAAUUUGGACGAACGGGAACCUAUCGGGUCUUUCGGGCGAGAGCAGACACGGGCAAGACGUCGAUUCUCGCGACUGUCCACUACAGUCCAGCAUACUUGCACUCAAUCUUCCUCACCGAGCAUUAUGUGAUUCUCUGUGUAUGGAACUCAUUUUACAAGGCGGGCGGAGCACCGAUCCUCUGGACUCAAAAUCUGUUGGACGCCAUGGUCUGGGAUGGUAAGCAGCCCACCACAUGGUUUGUGAUUGACAAGCGAACACCCGAUGAAGGAGGUCAAGGGCUUGUCGCAAAGUAUACAUCAGAUGCCUUCUACGCAUUCCAUACCAUCAAUGCAUACGAGGUACCGUCGUUGACGACGGAGGGUUCAUUCGACAUCGUCGCUGAUGUUAAUGCAUAUGAUAAUAUGGAUGUGAUUCAUCGAUUUUACCUCGACAAUGUGACUAGCAACAUACCACAAGCGCACAAAUAUACCGAUUCGUUAAGUGGAAGCGCUCGACCAGACUAUCGAAGAUAUCGACUGCCCGAUGUCAAGUCGACGAAUUCUACCCUACAGACAUCCAAAGCUGUUUUGGAGUACAGAAGCGGUGCAUCUGAUGGAUUCGAGUUACCAGUGGUCAACUCCAAGUUUGUCACCAGAAAGCAUCGCUACAUGUAUGGAAUCUGUGACACGGGCUUAUCGACAUUUGUCGACGGGUUAGUCAAAUACGACGCUGAUACCCGCACAUUUGUCCGCUGGAUACAGCAUGGACAGACUGCGGGAGAACCUGUAUUCGUCCAAGAUCCAGAUAGAUCUGAUGAGGAGGAUGGAGGAGUACUGCUGUCUGUUGUCUUGGAUGGUCCUCAUGGUAAGAGUUACUUGCUAGUGCUCGAUGCGAAGACUAUGAAGGAGAUUGGACGAGCUCAUGUGGACGGAGUGGUUGGAUUUGGAUUCCACGGCUUUCAUGUCAAGGCGGGUGGGAAUGUCGGGCGACAGAAUGGUCUUCAUCUCUGA